AUGGGUUAUGGGCAGCCACGUCUGGUGCUAAACGCUCAACUGGAAGAAAAUAUAGUUGCAUAUGCUAAAAAAGCAGCAGCUAUAUUCUAUGGCAUUACUAUCCAAGGGCUUUGUGAACUAGCCUAUUCUUUGGCCAUUGCGAACGAUGCACCCAAUAUUCCUAACAGCUGGGCUAAAAAUAACAAAGCCGGGAUUGACUGGGCACAGGCCUUUUUGAAGAGAAACCCCAGCAUUUCAAUUCGAAAACCAGAGGCCACAUCAAUUCAAAGGAUGAUUAACUUUAAUCCUCAUAAUGUGUCGAUGUUUUUCAACAAUCUUGAGAAUGUUUUAAACAGACCGGCAGGAUUCCAAGGAGAUCAGAUCUGGAAUGUCGAUGAAACCGGUGUCACAACCGUUCAAAAGCCUUGCAAAGUUUUGGCAACAAAGGGGGUUAAGCAAGUCGCAUCUGCUGUUUCACAGGAAAGAGGAACCCUAGUCACAUUAUGCUGUGCUGUCAAUGCUAUUGGGAAUACCAUUCCCCCUUUCUUUGUUUUUCCACGCAAGAAAACCCAAGAUCAUUGGCUUUUGACAGCACCUCCUGGAAGUGAUGCAUCAGGAUCACAUACCGCUUCGGGAUGGAUGACUGAUGAAGUAUUCCUCAAGUAUCUAAGCCACUUUGUUAAGUACACAAAGCCAACAUCAGAAAGACCAAUUCUGCUCAUCCUUGAUAACCAUCCAUCGCACAUUUCGAUUGAAGCCAUCGAUUUUGCAAAGUCAAACAAUAUUGUUAUGCUUAGUUUCCCGCCUCACUGCUCCCACGAGUUACAGCCCCUUGAUAAAUCGGUAUACGGCCCGUUAAAGACAUAUAUCAAUCAAGCAAGCGAUAACUGGAUGCGUGAUCCACAGAAUGCUGGCAAGUCCAUGUCUAUUCACAUUAUCCCCAAAUUAGUGUCUUAUGCCUUUCCCAAGGCAAUGACACCAGAAAACAUCACAGCUGGUUUUAAGUCUACUGGAAUCUUUCCAUUUGACAAAAACAUUUUUCCACCGGAAAAGUUCAUCUCGUGCUACACAUCUGAUCGCCCAUUAGAGGUAGCUGAUGACAACAAAGAUGAGGAAGAGCCAAGCACAUCAGGCACAACAGUGGCUACAGAAAUUAGACAGGGAGAUGAACCAUCCAUUUCGGAGCUCCCAAGCACAAGUAAAUCGCCUGUUUAUGCUGAGGAUGUGCGUCCUUUUGGAGUACGUGAGCCGAAAAAAGCAGGAGCCACGCAAAGGAAAAAGGGAAAAUCUCAGAUUUUCACAGACACUCCAGUUAAAGAGCAACUCGAAAAAGAAAAGCAAAAAAAGAAAUCAAAAAGCAGAAAAAGACUUUUAGAUGAGAAGGAUAGGCCUACAUCAGGACAAAAAAAGAAGAAUAGUUCAAACGACAACGUACCGGUUGAGGAAGAAAAUAAAUGGCUAUGUCUUUACUGCAAAGAAGAUUAUGGAGCAUCAGUUGCAGGAGAAAUUUGGAUCAUGUGCUCAAUGUGUGAGGAAUGGGCCCAUGAAGAUUGUGCAGGUAUCAAUGAAUCUGAAGCAGAUUUUACAUGUGAACUUUGCUGCCACAGCUAGACUUUAUUUUUGAGUGACACUAACUGUAUUAUAAAUUCCGGACUGUUUAAGUACUGUUUAUAAGUUCGAUAGAAUGCGGAAAAACAUUUGCAAAAAAAUCUUUAAAAUAUACUGUACAGCUGUACAGUAACAGUAAAAUACAGAAAAGAUAGUUCAAUUCAUGUUAUAAACUCAGAUUUGUAUAAAUAAAUAGGUUACUAAAGCUAUUUUGUAUAUAUUGCCUUUUGUUUAACCAUGUGACAAAGUGCCCCACUACAUGUGACAAAGU